AUGGGAAUCACUAGAGGAAUUUUAUAUCUUCAUCAUGAUUCACGUCUCACAAUCAUACACCGUGAUCUCAAAGCCAGCAACAUUCUUCUAGACGCAGAUAUGGACCCGAAAAUUGCUGAUUUUGGAAUGGCGAGGAUCUUUGGAAUAGACCAAAGUGUAGCUAACACAAAAAGGAUAGCUGGAACUUUCGGUUACAUGCCUCCGGAAUAUGUGAUCCACGGCCAAUUCUCAAUGAAAACUGACGUGUACAGCUUCGGUGUCUUAGUCCUUGAGAUUAUAUGUGGCAAGAAGAACAGAAGUUUCUCCCAAGAAAACAAUACAGAUGAGAAUUUGGUCAGCUAUGCUUGGAGGUUGUGGAGAAACAAAUCACCAUUAGAGCUCGUGGAUCCAACCAUUCAAGAGAAUUAUCAGAGCGAAGAAGUGACAAGAUGCAUCCACAUUGCGCUCCUAUGUGUUCAAAAAGAUCCAAAACAUCGUCCCAACAUGUCGACUAUCAUGCUGAUGCUCACUAGCAAUUCCGUUAAUUUACCUGUUCCUCAACCACCUGGAUUCCUACUUCCACACAAUCAUGGCGUUGAGUCAAGCCAAUCUCCAAUGAGGCCCACUUCUCAGACUCUCAAUGAUGUGACUGUUGUGGAGCCUCGUUGA